AUGACGGCGCAUCAUGAUUGGUCCCAGCGUGAGAGGACGAAAUCAGGCCGAAAUCAUCCACCUCCAGCCGCCGGGAAGAGAGCCCAGGUCAGACUCGCCCCCGUCGUUCCAUCUUCAUCCAAAGGGAGCCCGUUCGUCGCUGCUGGAAGGGUCAUGGGUUUCUCCUUCAAAUCUUCCAUUUUUCUUUUCUUCUUGGUGCAUUCAAGGCUAUCCCUUGGGAUUUUUAAUGAGGUAUAUACGUCUCAGGCAUAG